AUCAGUCAAGUUAAGCGUUUUAUUUGAUUUCCGAAUUGAAAAUGAAGUUGUUGUAUUCUAUAAUAGUUUUUUGGUUUCUGGCUCAAUGCAGUAAUGCCCAAGGGGAAACUUCCGAUUUAUUGGAUUCUUUUGGCACCAUUAUUGAAGGACUUGGCGUAGAAAUUCCCAAAAUAAUACCAACACCCCAAGAGUUGUUUAAUGUUUCCAAUCAAAUAUUAAUUGGUUUGCCCGAGAGGGCUAUAGCUCAGACAUUAAAUCGAUUGUGUUCUUUGUACUUGGCUGCUGAUACUAUUAAUCCUCGCAUAACACCCAAUAUGGAUGCAAUGUCUUUUCGUCUACGAACGCCCUGCAAAGAAUUGAGUUUCUCUUUAAGCAAGGCCGAGGAUAUUUUACAAAGUCCUGACUUUGAUGUUAACAAAAAGGUGGCUAUAUUUGUCACCGGUUGGAUGGCAAGUUCGGAAAGGUCCUAUGUGACCGAUAUGGCAAAUGCUUUCCUUUGUAGAGGAGAUUAUAAUUUCUUGGCCCUAAAUUCUUCCGAUUCCAUUGAUACUCUAUACACCUGGUCAGCUUAUAAUACCGAAGAAGUUGGUCGCCAAAUGGCUAAAGCUCUCCAGAAAUUACUUAAACAAGUACCGAUUGAAAACAUCCAUUUAAUAGGCCAUAGUCUAGGAGCACAUAUUGUGGGUUAUACUGGCCGUUAUCUUACCAAUUAUACCGGCCUAAAUAUGUCACGCAUCACUGGUUUGGAUCCAGCCAAUCCGUGUUUUAACGAGGGUGAAUCUUUAUCCGGCUUGCAGCGUGGCGAUGCUGAUUUCAUCGAUAUUUUGCACACAAAUCCCGGUGUGUUGGGUAAAGCAAAUCCUGUUGGUGAUGUGGAUUACUAUGCCGGGGGUUUGGCUCCUAUUAAGCCGGGUUGCAAUCAGUUUGGUUGCUCCCAUGGUCGAGCUUUUGAAUAUUUCACUGAGUCAGUCUAUCCCGGCAAUGAGGAGAAUUUCCUGGGCGUACGUUGCACUUCGUUGACCAAAUUGAAUGAUGGCUUUUGUAAUGGCCCUGCAUUUCCAAUGGGUUAUGCUGUUCCUCGUGAUUUGAAGGGUAAUUACUUUUCGGCUGUCAAUGCCGAUGAACCAUAUGGGCAGAAUAAUAAUGGUCGGCCUGCAGUGCCAAGUCAGUGUUUGAACUUGUGUCAAGCAGCAAAGUAAUUAAUUAUCUUUUAUAUAAAUUUAUUAAAUAUGCAUAUUAAAUAAAGAUAUCUCUAUAUAUUAUAUAUUGCAAA